AUGAAAUACAUGGCCAAACACAAAGCGCAGGUGGAAGCUUUGCGAGAUAUUUUCUUGGAGAUCGAUGCGGAUCAUUCCAGUCUGGUGAGUAUUGAUGAGCUCAAGGAGGCAAUGUCGGAGCAGAAGUUGGCAAGUUUCAUUGAGUCCCUGGACAUUUCCACCCAUGACAUUUGGAGUCUGUUCCUGAUUAUUGAUGCUGACGAAAGCGGUACCAUAAGCCUGGACGAAUUUGUUUCAGGCUGCAUGCAGCUACACGGCCCUGCAAAGAGCUUUCAGCUCGCAAAGAUGAGCUACGAGAACAAGGUGACCAGACAAGAGAUCAAACAUCUCAGUGUACAGGUUUCACAGCUGCAGAGACACUUUCAGCUCGACCAGAUGCCACCUUUCAGAGCCACGCAGCGAGCGACGAGAGUGGCAAAAAGUGGAUGUCUGCGGGGCAGCACCAUGAGCUCCGCACUGGGCGGCUGCAUUCGCUUCACGCCCGGAGAUCCACAACGGAGCCUGAGGCAAUGCCUGCGGGAGGCUCUGAAGGGAAAUCUGGUGCCCUUCAUCUUGGCUGAAGAAAGUUGCACAUUACAUGCCUUAGAGGCGCUACUUGCAGCAGAUGUGAUGACCGAGCCUUCAUCCCAAUGCGUCAGCAUGCGCUUGGCAGCCUUGGAACAGAGGCGGCAACGUGACUACAAGCGUUUUUUCGCCCAAGCCCUGCGCUCGUCGAUCCUCUCGGGAAGUUGCGUUGCGCUGGUCUUCGAGGACGAUGCUGUGGUCGAUUUGGGCGAGGAGGCCUGGCUCCAACGAAGUCCCUCCAAGGGCACGAGCUUGGAGGUUCUGCCAGACGAAUGGAGCCUCUCAUGUUUCUUCAGUGGAUCAGCCCUGCCACCCGAAAUCUUUGCGCCCAUGACCUUCAAUGCCAGGGGCAAGGCGCCCUUGCUCCUGCCUGAUGGAUCUGACAAUGG